GCGACUGUGAUGUGCCACUGCAACAGAACGCUGGGAAAGCAUGAAGAGAGCACAGAGCAAAUAUUUGCUUGUUGAAGAACUGUGAUCUAAUAAUAUCACCAGGUUUUAUUUAAUCAAAGCAGCAGUUCUGUCUAUUCUGGUUGGAAAAAAAGUUGUGAAGGAGCAGAAUGGAGUCUCUGUUGCUAUUUUACCUAAUCCUGACCACAGUGACUUUUACAGAUCCUGUGGACAGCCAAUUCAUACAUGCUUCUGAGAAUCCCUUACCAGUGGGGAGCAACGUGACCAUCAUCAGCAAAACCACCGUUACAGCGGGAACAUGGACAUUCAACGGCAAUCUCCUGGCAUUAAUUUACCCUGGAGGGUCUUUGUUAAGUAAAAAUAAAAAAGACAGGUUCAUUUAUAAUUCCAGCACGUCGUCUCUGACUAUAAUAUCAGCAAACCUGACCGACUCCGGAGUGUACGAGUUAGAACAAAUGGAUGAGUUUUCUGAUGAGUUAUGGCUUUCGGUCCAAGAGCCAAUUUCAAAUGCGACUUUAUCAGCACAAAGGACAGAUCUGGUGGAGUUCAAUGUUACAGCAGUCUUCAACUGCUCAGUUUCCACCGGAACGUCUUUGUCUUAUGAAUGGUUGGCAGGAAACUCUACAAUAUCAAGCAAGGAAGGUGUGCAGCUCAGCAAUGGCGGUGCCAGUCUAAGCAUAGCCGGGGUGACCCGCUAUGACCAGGGACCAUACAGGUGCAAUGUGUCCAACGGAAUCGGAUAUGAAGUCAGCCCACCUGUUUAUCUGAACAUCAGCUACGGUCCUAAUAAUGCAACCAUGACAGUCAACCUUGUAAAGGACAUGUACAGAUCAGGAUCUAACAUCACACUGUCGUGCUCUGUGGAGUCCAAGCCCACAGCAAUGGUGCAGUGGAUGUUUAAUGGAGUCAACCUUAAUCAGUUUGGUCUACAGCUUCACCUGCAGAAUGUCAAAGAAAACAACUCCGGAAUUUACGAAUGUUCAUUUCACAACACAGUCACAAUGAGAUUCAGCAAAGACAGUAGAGAGAUCAGAGUGAUGGAUCCGUUAACAGCAGCGGUCAUUAGUAUUACUAAUGGACCAGCAAUACUAGAUGGAUCAUUUACUCUCCAGUGUGAAGUGACUGGACCUGUUGACAGCAUCAAGUGGUGGAAAAAUGGCAGCCUAAUUACUCCUGACAAUAGAACUAUGUUUCACAAUAACAGCAAGAUUCUGACUCUCAAUCCAGUCCAACUUUCUGAUGGUGGAGACUACAUGUGUCACGCUAGUAAUCUCGUGAGCAACAUGACCAGCGACCGCUUCGCUGUUGUAGUCAACUAUGGACCAAUGAUGCCAACUGUAACGGGACCAAAUGUGGUGAAGUCAGGAGACAGUGUCACAUUCAAGUGCACAGCAGAAUCUGUUCCACCGAGUCUCUACCAAUGGCACUUCAAUGGUUCUGUGGUCUCCAAUAUGUCUGAGUAUACAACACCGUCUCUCACUAAAGAAAUGAGCAGGGAAUACACCUGCACUGCCAUCAACAGCAUCUCUGGAAAAAACAGCACUGCCAGCAUAAUACUUAAAGUUAUUGAUCCAAUACGAAAUGUUCAAAUCAAAGCUCAGAUGAAUUUCGCAGUUGAAGGUCAUCCUUAUAAUUUAACCUGCGGUGUAAAUGAAACUGUUGAUCAUAUUUAUUGGAUGAGAAACGGUGAGAAACUGAUUCCAGACAACAGAAUUAUGAUCUUCAUGGAAAAUAUGACAAUGAGUUUCAUGAGCUUGCAGCGUAAUGAUACUGGAAACUACACAUGCAUGGCUGCUAAUGCUGUGUCAAACAUGACCAGCAAACCCUUCAUGCUCCUUGUCAACUAUGGACCAGAGAUGCCAGUCAUCAUGGGACCAAGAGCAGUAAAGACAGGGGACAAUGCCACACUCAGAUGCUAUGCAAAGUCCGUUCCUCCAAGUCUCUACCAAUGGCACUUCAAUGGUUCUCUGGUCUCCAACAUGUCUGAGUACAUGACACCUCCUCUAACACAAGAAAUGGCCAAAGGUUACACCUGCAUGGCCUUAAACACCAUCACUGGAAAGAACAGCAGUGCCGUCACAAUGCUUACAGUUGUUGAUCCAAUAGACAGUGUGAAAAUAGAAGCUCAGAUGAAUUGUGCCAUGGAAAAUUGUUCAUAUAAUUUAACAUGCAAAGUAACUGGGCCUGCUGAUUAUAUCCACUGGAUGAAAAGUGGUGAACUGCUGCAUGCAGACAACAGAAUCGUUUUCUAUAUGAACAAGACAGUCAUGUUCCUGUCAUUGAAUCGUUCUGACAUUGGAUACUACCAAUGUGUCGCAAUAAAUGCUGUGGGAAACAUGACCAGCGCUCUCUACAAACUUCUUGUCAACUAUGGACCAGAGGUGCCAACUAUCUCAGGACCAAACGCAGUGAAGACAGGAAGCAAUGCAACACUUUCCUGCAAUGCAUCAUCAUUCCCACCAAGCUCCUACAGAUGGUACUUCAAUGAUUCUCUGGUUUCCAACAUGUCGGAGUAUAUGACACCUCCUUUUAUUGAAGAGAAGAGUGUAAAGUACAUAUGUAUGGCCUUCAACAACAUCACUGGAAAAAACAGCACUGCCAGCAUAACAAUUACAGUUAUUGCAUCAAUUAAAAACGCACAAAUAGAUACACCAACAUGGGAUGCCAUGGAAGGUUACUCAUAUAAUUUAACAUGCAAUGUAACUGGAAUUGUGGAUAAUAUUUACUGGAUGAAAAAUAGUGAACAAUUGCAUCCAGACAACAGUACUGUUUUCUCUAAGGACAACAAGACAGUCAUGUUUAUGCCAGUCGAUCGUUAUGAUGCUGGAGACUAUCAAUGCAAGGCUAUGAAUGCUGUUGGACACCUGAUGAGCAGCAGUUACAUGCUUCAGGUCAUCUUUGGGCCCGAGAAACCCAUAAUUAAUGGACCGGAUUUUGGGGAAGCGGGACGAAACGUGGUCUUCAACUGUUCUGCCAAAUCGACGCCUCCCAGCACCUACAGUUGGUGGUUUAACGACUCUUUGAUGGCCAAUACCUCUGAGUUCACAGCUGGGCCUCUGGCUUUCAACAUGAGUGGCACAUAUACAUGUAUGGCCCACAAUCAUGUGACAGGAAAGAACAGCACAACAUCAACAACGCUCACCGUUAUAGAACCAAUACAUUCAGUAAUGAUUCAAACCAAUUCGACUCCAAUAAACAAUAAAAACUUUACCCUCAUAUGUCACGUUGUUGGGCCCUAUGACACCCUCUACUGGAUGAAAGAUGACAUGCAGCUCAACCUGAAUGCCUGCAACCCAGCCUCAUCCAUGUACAUUACUGAAAAGAACAUUCUGCACAUCAACCCCCUGACUAGACAGAGUAAUGGGGCCUAUCAGUGCGUCGCUACCAACAGGGCCGCCCAUCAUAAGAGUCUAAAGUACACACUUCUUGUAAACUAUGGUCCUUUGAAUAUGAACAUCUCUGGUCCAGACUCAGCAAAAGAAGGUGCCUCUGUGUCUCUGACAUGCACUGCUGAGUCUUACCCGGAGUGUAACUUCCUCUGGUUCUUAAAUAAUCAAUCAUCAUCACCUCUUCAGAAUGGAUCUGUUUUCCGUUUCUCUGCAACUAGAGGACAAGAAGGGAAAUACAUAUGCAGCGCAACAAACCCAGUGACAAACAUCACAAUGAUGCAAAAUAAAACUGUUGCUAUUGAAGCUCAUGCCUCUGCAACCCGCAUCACAAACAAAGGAGCUGUGCUGCUCAUGGGUUUGUGUUCUGUCCUUGUUCACCUGCUCCUCCUUUGAGUCCCGGCUGACAGACCACUUGCUCCCGCUACAGCCUUCUACAGCAAUCUCACAAUAUUUCUACUGAAAUGACACAACAAUCUCUAUGUUUUGGUUAAAAUUGAAUAAUUUAUAUGGUUCUCCAGUCCUAUCACUGUUGUUAAUUUUAUGUACCUUGUACAAACAUGGUACGAGGCAUAUAUGUACUGUUUUACAAUAAGAUUCAUGAGUAUAAUUCUUUUAUGUAGCCUGCAAAUCCUUCAGUACAAAUGACAGGUUUUUCACACUUAAUACCUGAUCUUUCCCUUAGAUAACCUAUUAAUUAUUAACUAAUUGUCAUAUUUAAUGUAAGGUAUUGUUAUUACACACUUAUUUGCUGAUUUUUACUUGCUAAUCAACAAAAUAAACAGAAACAUUGAUUACAGAGACUUUAUUGAAGAGGUUAUAACAGUUUUGUGGUAAUAUGGGCAAACUGUCUGCAAAAUGUAAUCAGCACUCUGUUUAAAAUGUAAAAUAUUUAUGCAAAAAAAAAAUAUUAAAAAAAUUUAAAAAAUUA